CAUUUUGGUUAAAGAAUCACCAUUAGCCAUGAUGUUUGGGUUGAUGUGCUUUGCCGUUCUGGUCGGGUGUUCAGUAGCUGAACAGUUUUGUCCGCCUGCUUCAUGGCGCGGGGAACGAGUAUCUGCAGUCCUGUCAGUACCCAAAAUAGACAACGAAUACGAGCCCUACAGAGAUGAGGGCCACGAACUAGUCUACUAUGACGCUAGUCAACAGAAAAUUGCUGUCGUCUCGAACUAUACGGGUGGCACGGGGAAUGGAGACAUCAAAAUCAUCUUAGACUAUCCAGGGAAAAAGGAAUACGAGGUCGAUCUGGCGAAGAAUACAUGCAAGUCAAAGGAUCUGACAGACCCUUUCAAGAAACGGUGCAUUGGAGACGACGCAACGUUCCUGUACGACGCUAAGAUAGGUUUUUCUUCUGAUGGCUCGGACACGGUGACUGCCAAGGUCUACUACAUUGAAGAGGUCUACGAAACCCACACAAUCGGAGAAGUGAUCGCCAUCACCAGCGACUCCUACGUUCCGAUACAGUCUACAAGACUCGGACGUAAAGGAGAUGAGUUCCUGGACCAGACUUUCACAGGCAACGUUGUAUCUCCGAUACCUGAUGCGGACGCCGACAUCUUCACCCCACCGGAUAGUUGCAGCAGCUCGGGUGUCCCUAACUAAGAGCUGGAAGGAAGUCGUGAAGGUAGCACUCUGUGAAGAGUGUUCCAGUGAGGACUGAUCAAUGAUGGCCGCCUUUCCCUAAAGACUGAAAAUGUGUUUUGUUAUAUGAGAUUCUUCUCCGGCUUUGACAUGCGUCACAUAUUGCUGUAUCUGUUUGUUUAUCUAUUGUGUUGAUGUACAUUUCGUUUGUAUUAUUGCAUUGUAAUUAAAACUACUCCUGUAGUA